CUGCCGGCCCGGCUCGGGCUGAGGGAAUACUUCGUCGUCCAAUCAGGAAAGCCCCUGUUGAGAAAGACGUCGGCAUUAGCUAAUCGGUGGUCGCAGUCCCCCAGAAGGCGGGAUUUGGGCGGGGGUGGGACUUCCUGUUUCAAAUAAACACCUAGAGAUUUUUUCCCCCUUCCGCCCACCGAAGUGUGUCCUCCUCAGGAGGUCCGUCACCGUUUCUCCCUGAGGAGCCGAAGGGAUCCGCGGAUACGAGAGGGCCCGGUUAGGGCCUGGGGCAGUUGCACAGGCCGGGCUGGAGCCUCGGGGCCACGGGACCUGCCUCUGGCCCUGUCUCUGUUUCAAGGCCCCCGGCCCGCGCUCUGGCCGCCGGAGCCAAGUUGGAAGAAGAGUCUGAGGAGGGGGAACCGAUUGGGUCGGAGAGCGGGCCCCUGCCCGCCGUGGGCCGGCCCCAGGAUCUGCGGGUAGCUUUGGGCGCGAAAGUCCGUGCCAGUCCGAGGUUAUGCGUCUCAAUGAUCCCGCGGAAACGCUACGGGUCUAAGAACACGGAUCAGGGUGUCUACCUGGGUCUCUCAAAGACACAGGUCCUGUCCCCUGCAACUGCUGGCAGUAGCAGCAGCGACAUCGCCCCUCUGCCCCCCCCAGCGGCCCUGGUCCCUCCCCCUCCCAACACCAUGUCUUGCCGGGAUCGGACCCAGGAGUUCCUGUCUGCCUGCAAGUCCCUGCAGAGCCGUCAGAAUGGAAUCCAGACAAACAAGCCGGCUCUGCGUGCUGUCCGGCAGCGUAGUGAAUUUACCCUCAUGGCCAAGCGCAUCGGGAAAGACCUCAGCAACACAUUUGCCAAGCUGGAGAAGCUGACGAUCUUGGCAAAGCGCAAGUCCCUCUUCGAUGAUAAAGCAGUGGAAAUCGAAGAGCUAACUUACAUCAUCAAACAGGACAUCAAUAGCCUCAACAAACAAAUUGCCCAGCUUCAGGAUUUUGUGAGGGCCAAGGGCAGCCAGAGCGGCCGGCACCUGCAAACGCAUUCCAACACCAUCGUGGUCUCCCUGCAGUCGAAACUGGCCUCGAUGUCCAAUGACUUCAAAUCAGUUUUAGAAGUGAGGACAGAGAACCUGAAGCAGCAGAGGAACCGGCGGGAGCAGUUCUCCCGGGCGCCUGUGUCAGCCCUGCCCCUUGCCCCCAACCACCUGGGGGGCAGUGCUGUGGUCUUGGGGGCGGAGUCCCGUGCCUCCGGGGAUGUGGCCAUUGACAUGAUGGACUCUCGGACCAGCCAGCAGCUGCAGCUCAUUGAUGAGCAGGAUUCCUACAUCCAGAGCCGGGCAGACACCAUGCAGAACAUUGAGUCCACGAUUGUCGAGCUGGGCUCCAUCUUUCAGCAGUUGGCACACAUGGUUAAGGAGCAGGAAGAGACCAUUCAGAGGAUCGACGAGAACGUGCUGGGAGCCCAGCUGGAUGUUGACGCCGCCCAUUCAGAGAUCCUCAAGUACUUCCAGUCGGUCACCUCUAACCGGUGGCUCAUGGUCAAAAUCUUCCUCAUCCUCAUUGUCUUCUUCAUCAUCUUUGUGGUCUUCCUUGCCUGAACCCUCUCUACUCGGAGGCACUUCGUGGGGGUUUGGAACCCUUUUGGCAGGGCAGGUGGCCAGUGCUGCCGCUGAGCCUGUGCAGGGUGCUGGGGAGAAAGGCCCUGUUUCCCUAGAACUGCUGAGAAUGGCCACUGCCCCUGACCCCUGACCCUUUGCCUCUGGCCACCCUGUCCUCCCCUCACCACCCUCAGGCCCACGAAACACACGGUUCUGGAUUUGUACUCUGCUGUGAAGUGGCUGGAAGAGAGCAGAGGCCAACUGGGGGCCUGUGGAGGAGGUUGUCUCCACUAGGUAGGAGAUUUUUAGAAACUCCCCAGCCUCUUCCAAAGGAAACUUCGGCAGCAAGGGGAGAUGAUGCCGUUUCCCCACCUUCCUGCGAGUGAGGAGAGGAAGCGAAACUGCCCCCCUGGGACCAACUUUCCCAUCUGGGUUAGAAUUUGACCUUUCUUCUUCCUUUCUUCACCACGUGAGGCAGGGGGCCCUGAGCCCCUCGGCUGCCCGCACAACCCCAACUCUGGCUGCUGGUGACUCUCUCUGCCAAAUGUGCUGCAGCCCAUUUUCUCCCAAUUACAGCAAGACUGUCAGCCUCA